UCACCUCUCCCACGAGGUACUCGAGCCACUGUCUCAUCCCAUCAUCAUCAGAUAUAUAAGGUCCAUAGUACACAUUGCCACCAACUCAUCAGUUUCAUUUACCCACUAUUCAAUCCAACUCAUCCAUUCAUUCAUUCCCUCUGUUUUUUCCUUCAAUCAUCAUCAUAUCUUCACGCAACUUGGCCUAAUCUUCUUUCCUUAUCAACCAGCCAGAGUGUGCUAGUCACUCAUAAACUUUGAACCCAACAACACAAGAACAAGCAUAGAAAACCGCACCAUCAUCCCCCAUUUAGCUCAAAAACGCUACUAGGAUUUCAUAGGAUGAUGCCCCUCCAACUAGGCCUCAAAACAGGGGUAGCUUAGCUAGCAGCAGAGAAAAAAAACGCUCUCUCCUCUGAGCCUUGGAAACAACAACACCCCACAAAACGUUUUCAUUCAUUCUUGUCAAGCAGAGCUGGUUUUUUUCAUGUUCCUUGAGGAGUGAUAUAAAUUUGGAUAAGGUUUUGGGUUUGCAUCACUUGCAUUCUAGAGUGUUCUCUCCACUAGUGAUCUCAAUGAAUAUCCAUAUUAAAGACAAGUAGGGACAAAAAAAGGUUGAGAGUUGAGACACAUGCUGUAGUCCAUUUCACCUUAAAAGAGUGAAAACAAACUUCUCAAAAAUCUUGUUCUAGAUUUGCUUGCUGGGUGUAGAAUAUGGCGGCGAAUCGGUGGUGGGCUGGGAGCGUGGGGGAGGGGAAUCCUUCUUCUCCGGCGGAGGAAGAACCGAACAGGGUCGCGUCGAGAAGGGAGCAAGAGUUGGUGGAGAACAGCAACAACAGCUACAGCAACGGCGCACCGUCCAACAGCGGCAACAGCAACACCAACGGCGGCGGAGGGGAUGAUGAGGAGAAUAACAACGACGAGCACACUCCGGGAGGUGGAAGGCGGCCGAGGGGGCGUCCGCCGGGGUCGAAGAACAAGCCGAAGCCGCCGGUGGUGAUAACCAAGGAGAGCCCCAACGCGCUUCUCAGCCAUAUCCUGGAGGUCGCCGGCGGCAGCGACGUGGCGGAGUGCAUCGCCACCUUCGCCAACCGCCGCCACCGUGGGGUUUCGGUGCUGAGUGGUAGCGGCGUGGUGACUAACGUGACGCUCCGGCAGCCGGCGGCGCCUAGUGGGGUUGUCAGCCUGCAGGGGAGGUUUGAGAUACUGUCGCUCUCCGGCGCGUUUCUGCCGCCGCCGAGUCCUCCGGAGGCAACUGGGCUGACGGUGUAUCUGGCUGGUGGGCAGGGGCAGGUGGUGGGUGGCACGGUGGUGGGGUCGCUGGUGGCUUCAGGGCCUGUGGUGGUGGUUGCUGCAACAUUUGCUAAUGCUACUUAUGAGAGGCUGCCAUUGGAAGAUGAACCAGGGGAAGAGGAGAUGCAAGUGCAGGAACAACAAGAGGUGAAUGAAGGUGUAAUUGCAACUAGUGCAGAACCUUCUUCUUCUCAGGGUUUGGCGCAGCAACAGGUUGCAGUGUACAAUUUGAAUCCUAAUCUGAUGCCAAAUGGUCAGAUGCCUCAUGAUUCUGUGCCCGUUUGGAAAUCUUUCUACAAUUAGUUCUAGAGUGGGAAUCAAUUUUAGGGAGGAGUAGCUUCUGAGUUUCUGAAUUGAUUCUGAUUAAAGAGGAACUGAUAUGAACAUGUUAUUAGGCUUGUCUUAGAAGUAGCUUAUGAGUUUCUGAAUUGAUUCUGAGAAAAGAGAAACUGAGCUGAACAUGUUAUUAGGCUUGUGGUAGAAGUAGCUUCUGAGUUUCUGAUUUGAUUAUGAGAAAAGAGAAACUGAUUAGAACAUGUUAUUAGGAUUUCUCUUAGAACUUAGAAGUAGCUUCUGAGUUUCUGAAUCAUGAGAAAAGAGAAACUGAUUCGAACAUGUUAUUAGGCUUGUCUUAGAAGUAGCUUCUGAGUUUAUGAAUCUUUAACUGGUUCAAACAUGUUAUUAUUAGGCUUGUCUUUCAUUUUGUUCAAUCUUUGAUCUUAACUCACUUGUACUUGUGCAUUGUGGUGCUGACAGUUCCUUGUUCUAUAUAUCCUUGCAAGCCAGUUUCUUUUCUUAACUCACUUGUCCUUGUGCAUUGUGGUUCUGGGCUUCUGGCAUCAUAUUAUUAGGAUGUUUAGUUGAUAUUUAAUUACUCUUGGUGAACUUUUCUGAUUGUCAUUGUGUAGGCAAGGGGGGUGAUUGAAAAGUUAAUGUAUGGUGUUAAAUUAUGUUGCAGUCUAUGUCAUGAGUAAUUGUUAGUAAUACUAAAUUAGUCACUCCUCAUAUUCCUCUCCUCAAGGUUGGACCCUUCAUUGAUUAAUAAAGAGAGUACACCAUGGUCCUCUGAGUUAACCCUUCAUCUUCUAAACCUAGAAAUUUAACCAUUUUCUUUAUCUUCAAAACCCAGGCACCCAUAAUUCCCUUCAUCUUCUUCUUCCUUCUUCUCAUCCCACUCCCACCCAACACCACCAUCACCAGCGAACCCCCACCGCCCCCCCCCCCCCAGCACCACCACCGCCAACCCCUCUCACCCAACACCACCAGCAGCUCCUCUAAAACUUCCCAAAACCCAAUCUUCUGCCCACCCCAAUUUUUUUUAGCAAAACCCAUCUUUCACACACAGAUCUAAGGUGUCUUGCCCUCUUUUCUCCUCCACAAAUCCAAGCCCCAAACCAUGAAGCCAAACCAAACAGAAGAUGAAGUCAAUCCAAACAAAUUCAGACCCAAAUCAGAAAAAUGAGAUGAAGCAUAGGUGACAGAGGGAUGGAUCUAGAACUCGUCUUAGUGGCAGAGCAGAUCGUGAAGGAAGAAGACUAUGAUGGAGGAAGGGAGAUCGAGGGUGAGAAGACCCACGACCACAGUGGUGGCUCCGGCGGAGGCGCGACACCCCUGCCGUGGCGUCGCGGUCGAAGCUCGGUGGUGAUGGCGGUGGAACAAGCAGCGGUAAGGAAGAAUCUCGAUUCAUUCUGGUAUUGGAGUUUGGAGUUGUUAUUCCUCCUUCAUCUCUUUUCUGAUCGUGGCUUUGAGGAUUUGGUUGAGGGAAUUUUAUAUAAGAAGUCAAUUUUGGUCAACUAUGAUUGGCGCCUACUCCAGGGAGAAGAGUUGGGAGGAGGUUGUGGACCUCUUUUAUGACAUGGUGCAGCAUGGUUUCUUGCCUGAUGAGCUUUUGCUUUCGAAGAUCUUGCAAGUGAGGGAAGUGCGGGGAUUUGGAGACCGGGAUGCAAGACUGUAGCAGGUUCAUAUAGGUGCCCCCAUCUCAUCUAUCUUCCUCCUUUAAUUAGUGUAUCUGUUUGAAAUGUUUGGAUCUGGUAUUAUUUGGCUAGAAAGUUGGUGAAAAUCAAUAAUUGAGGAUGAAGGUGAUAACUUCUGGAUGAA